AGAAUGUGGCGCGCGAUAAAGGCUGUUGUUGCUUAAACUACACAGUUAGUGAAUUUUAAAGUCCGUGCUCCAAAUGAUAAAGGCAACCCAUCUUAAAAUAAAAAAGGAAAAAUUAAGAACAUAUACUUAGUUAUUUGUCACUGAGAAGAAACGGGAAUUACUUUACAGUCAUAAUGCCUCGAAGAAAGAGAGCUGCCGGGAGCAGUUCAGACGGGACUGCAGAUUCAGACGACUCCACAGAGCAUGAGAAGACAGACAGCUCGCACAGUGAUGCAAAUCCACGUAGCAACGCACGGUUAACCAGAGCUUCUGUCCGCCUCAGCCAGAGCUCUCAAGAUGUCCCAGCAGACGUGAAGCAAGUAGCAGAGAGAGACGAGUCACCACCCAGGACUCCUACAGGCAACGCGCCCUCAUCCGAGUCAGACAUUGACAUCUCCAGUCCCAAUGCGUCCCAUGAUGAAGGUGCUGCCAAGGACCAGAAAGACUCAGGCAGUGAUCCGUCUCAUCGACCAAAGCGCCGCCGCUUCCACGAGAGCUACAACUUUAACAUGAAAUGUCCCACACCUGGAUGCAACUCUCUGGGACAUUUAACUGGAAAACAUGAAAGACACUUCUCCAUAUCUGGCUGUCCUCUUUACCAUAACCUAUCAGCUGAUGAGUGCAAGGUAAAAGCUACUGAACGGGAAAAGCAAGAAGAGGAAAGAAGUCAAACUCAGAAUGAGGACAACAGACAUGCUACUCGUCACCAGGCUCCUACUGCAAGGCAGGUAAAAUAUAAGGAGAAAGUUCAAGAAUUGAGGAAGAAGAAGGACACUGGACUGUCAAAGGAGCAGAAAGAAAAGUACAUGGAACAUAGGCAGACCCAUGGAACAACUAGAGAGCCACUUUUGGAGAACAUCACAAGUGAAUAUGAUCUUGAGCUGUUUAGAAAAGCCCAAGCAAGAGCGUCUGACGAUCUGGAGAAGCUGCGCAUGCAAGGUCAAAUCACUGAAGGUAGUAACAUGAUAAAAACCAUUCUGUUUGGUCGCUACGAGCUGGACACCUGGUACCACUCGCCUUACCCAGAGGAAUACGCCCGGCUUGGCCGCCUAUACGUCUGCGAGUUCUGCCUGAAGUACAUGAAGAGUCAGACUAUCUUGCGCAGACACAUGGCCAAAUGUGUGUGGAAACACCCCCCCGGAGAUGAGGUUUAUCGAAAAGGAGCCAUCUCAGUGUUUGAGGUGGAUGGGAAAAAAAACAAGAUCUAUUGCCAGAACCUGUGUUUGCUGGCUAAGCUGUUUCUGGACCAUAAGACACUGUACUAUGACGUUGAGCCCUUCCUCUUUUAUGUCAUGACUGAGGCUGACAACACAGGCUGCCAUCUCGUGGGAUAUUUCUCAAAGGAAAAAAACUCCUUCCUGAACUACAAUGUGUCCUGCAUUCUCACCAUGCCACAGUACAUGAGGCAGGGCUAUGGCAAGAUGCUGAUUGAUUUUAGUUAUCUGCUGUCCAAAGUGGAAGAGAAGGUGGGAUCUCCUGAAAGACCUCUCUCUGACUUGGGGCUCAUCAGCUACCGCAGCUACUGGAAGGAAGUCCUGUUGCGAUACAUGUACAACUUCCAGGGCAAAGAGAUCUCCAUCAAAGAAAUCAGCCAAGAGACUGCUGUGAACCCGGUGGAUAUCGUCAGCACUUUGCAGUCACUGCAGAUGCUGAAGUACUGGAAGGGGAAACACUUGGUUUUAAAGAGACAGGAUCUGAUUGAUGAUUGGAAAGCAAAAGAGACUAAACGAGGCACCAGCAACAAGACCAUAGAUCCAAGUUCACUGAAAUGGACCCCUCCCAAAGGAACCUAGGAAGUCCCAUUGAAUACACUUUUCUCCCAUUUCAGCCUUUUACAUAUGUCAGCAUCUUUUCCAAUGAAUUUACAGCGUUCAUUGUUAUUUUGGUCUCUGUGUGGCCUUUUUACUUCUAGCUCUGUUGUGAUUUUUUUUUUUUUUUUUUUUCUUGUGCCACUGUAAUUAUUUUGCAGAUCCUCUCUUUUGAGUACACAUUUUGGAGUGUUCUGCGUUUCAAAGGAGGACAUUUGACUGUGACUUAACGAAAACACACCCAAUCUUUAGAAAGACUUUAAUUCCAGCACACCUUAAUAUUCAAAUUUUACUGAAAGUUUUGAUUAACCGGCUUAGCUUUGAUGAAACUAAACUUAACAUAACGAUAGGAAUUGGGUUGGGCCAGUCAGCUUCAAAGCAUAGGUGUCAUUGCAAAGUAUUUAUGCAGCUCUCACACCCAUCAACUGCAGAAAGACUUUGUAGUUAACUGAAUAUUUCAAUCAGGUCCUUUUAUAUCAGGGAUGACACUUUACAUGAAAGGCGCCUCCUACAACAGGAAUUCGAACACACAUGCUUUACAAGUUGGGUUUAAUCCUGUUACUGACGUCAAUUUCAGUAUAGUAUAGUCAGCACACAAACAGUAUUUCAUCUUUUCCUUCUUUCAGAGCUCUUCGCUUUUCAUUCCUUUCUGACAUUUUUUUUUUUAAAGUCAUGCUCAGAUCUCAAAUAAACCAUUGAAAUGUG